AUGGCCAGCGGAGAGGGCAAGGACUCACUGAAGCAAUCUGAUCUUGAGUUCCGGUCGGGCAUUCUUCGUGGUGCAGGAAGCCAGGAUGGCGACGCAGGCUGA